CGGAAGUUUAGGGAGUGCUUAGCAGCUGACCGGAAACACGGCUGUUGCUGUUGGAACGGGGCAUGGCGGGGCUGGCGGUGCGGGACCCCGCGGUGGACCGCUCCCUGCGCUCCGUCUUUGUGGGGAAUAUCCCAUAUGAAGCCACAGAGGAGCAGCUGAAGGACAUUUUCUCAGAGGUUGGACCUGUUGUCAGCUUUAGGCUGGUAUAUGACAGAGAGACAGGAAAGCCAAAGGGUUAUGGCUUCUGUGAAUACCAAGACCAGGAGACGGCGCUCAGCGCCAUGCGCAACCUGAAUGGACGUGAGUUCAGUGGGAGAGCAUUGCGAGUGGACAAUGCAGCUAGUGAGAAGAACAAGGAAGAGCUGAAGAGCCUGGGCACAGGUGCCCCCAUCAUAGAGUCACCUUAUGGGGACCCAGUAAAUCCUGAAGAUGCCCCCGAGUCCAUCAGCAGGGCAGUUGCCAGCUUGCCACCAGAGCAGAUGUUUGAGCUGAUGAAGCAAAUGAAGUUGUGCGUCCAGAACAGCCCUCAGGAAGCCCGGAAUAUGCUGCUCCAGAACCCUCAGCUGGCUUAUGCCCUGCUGCAAGCCCAGGUGGUGAUGAGAAUUGUUGAUCCAGAGAUCGCUCUGAAAAUUCUGCAUCGCCAGACCAGCGUUCCACCUCUGAUCCCAGGCAACCAGCAGCCAGUUCCAGGGCCUGGGCCUGGACCUGGGCCCGGGCCAGGUCCAAAUGCACAGAUGAACCAACAGACUCCCCCUUCCUCCCAGCCACAGACCAUUGGUGGUAUGCAUGUGAAUGGAGCCCCUCCUCUGAUGCAGCCUCCUAUGCAGGGUGGAGUACCAGCCCCAGGACAGAUGCCAACCUCAGUACAGGGCCCGGGCCCAGGCCCUGGCCCUGGCCCCGGCCCCAUGGCUCCAGGAGGUGGAAUGCAGCCUCAGGUUGGGAUGCCAGGCAGUGGGCCUGUACCCAUGGAACGUGGACAAGGGAACCUGCAGCUCUCGCCCGUGGGACCUGCCAGGCCUGCCUCUAUCGAGCGUGUUCAAGUGCCCAUGCCAGAUCCAAGGGCCCCUAUGCAGCGUGGACCAUUGCCUGCUAGUGGCCCACCACCCCGAGGUCUUCUGGGAGAUGCUCCAAAUGACCCACGAGGAGGGACCUUGCUCUCAGUCACUGGAGAAGUGGAGCCCAGAGGUUACCUUGGUCCACCCCACCAGGGGCCACCUAUGCACCACAUGCCUGGCCAUGACAACCGUGGUCCGCCUCAUGAGAUGAGAGGAGGACCAAUGGGUGAACCCAGACCACUGAUGGGAGAACCUCGGGGGCCAUUGAUGGAUGCUCGAGGUGGAAGAGAUCCCCGGGGCAUGGAGCCCAGGGGCAUGGAACCUCGGGGAAUGGAGCCCAGGGGCAUGGAGGCAAGAGGGAUGGAGCCUCGAGGCAUGGAACCGAGGGGCAUGGAGGCCAGAGGCAUGGAGCCCAGAGCGAUGGAACCCAGGGGCCCUGGCCCCAAUCCAAGGGGCCCAAUGCCUGGUGGCAUUCAAGGCCCUGGACCACUGAACAUGGGAGCGAAUGUCCCACAGGGGCCUAGACAGGUUCCCAACAUGCCAGGGGCAGGCAUGCAAGGUGGAGGCCUGCCAGGGGCAGGGGUUCAAGGAGCAGGUCAACCAGGAGGCUUUAGCCCUGGGCAAAACCAGGUCACCCCACAAGAUCAUGAGAAGGCUGCCCUGAUCAUGCAAGUCCUCCAGCUGACUGCAGACCAGAUUGCCAUGCUGCCCCCAGAGCAAAGGCAGAGCAUCCUUAUUCUAAAAGAACAGAUUCAGAAAUCCACUGGGGCACCGUGACAGGGUUUAUAAGGCACGCAGUGGCUGGCUUCAGAACCUCUGAGACAGAGAAGGCAAUCCAUGUGGCAGCUUCCCCAUCACUGUCCGACCUGGCACCGUAUGGUAGAGGGGCUCCCUUUUCCCUGCCUUUUAUGUAACCCCCCCUCCCCUCCCCAUGUUCAUUUGUGGUUUCUAUGUAUAUUUUACGGUGUUUAAAAUAAACUGGGAGGGAAGAUUUGAGUA